AUGUCCCAGGAAUUUGAUGUGUUUGCUGAUUUGUACAACGAUGACAAUGAAGAAAAAGCCAAAUUUUUGCAGGCGCUUAAUUCAAAGCAAACGGAUUUGUUAAACUCUGUGAGUUCAGAUGAAGAUGAUAUGCUUCCGCCAUCAUUCCAAAUGAAGGGAAAAGGUCGUGCCAAAAAAACUAAACCUCCACCUUCUACCAAAGGGUUUUUGAUACUAAAAGAGGCCUCUCCUGCAAAAAAGUCUAAAUCGAAUGCACCACAGAUGGAAGUCUUAAAUCCACCAGUAGCAUCAUCACAAUCGAUCAAUGCUCCUGGUACCGCUAGCAGACGCAGAACAAGGAGCAGUGCUGCUGGACCGCCGACAGAUGCGCAAACCACAACUUCUUUAGCGUCGAGCGCAGUGGAUAAUGUAGCACCGACAACACGCAAUGUAAUGCGAGCGCGACGAGACUAUUUUGCUGAAAUUGCUGCGCGUUCCACUAACGUUGCCUAUGUGGAUUUGGUGUCCAGUCCAAUGCCACGAAUUGAGGGUGUUGUUACAGUUGAUUCUGAUGCAGAAGAUAGCAAAUCUAGUAAUAGCGUAGAAAUAAGAAGCCCAGGAACACCAAGCAGUUCGUUUGUUGAUACACUUGAAUGCUCAUUUGAUGAGGAUAAUCCAGAAGUUUCAGUGAAAAUCAAAUGGGAUGGUGGAAACCCAGAAAUUUUUAAACUACGUAAACAUCAGAAAUUUCAAGAUAUAUUUAUUAUAAUAGCAGACCGUGAACAAGAACCUAUCGACAAUUUAGUCUUUAAUAUAGAAAACCGUAUAAUAUCAGCUGGUGAUACGCCAGCAAGUAUAAAUUAUAAGGUUUAUGAGUUUAUUAGUGGGCGUGCUUUAUCUGAUGACUUCGAUAUGGGCGCGCGCAGAAAGAAGCGUAAUGCUAAUAUAAUCAUGCUAAAAAUUCAAUCGGACCUCUGGCCAAAGAGACCACUAAAAGUCGAAUUGAACAAAACUGAUAAAUUAAAGAUUUUAUAUAUAAAAUGCGCUGAAGAGUUGAAAAUGCCUGCUGAGGAUCUCAUAUUAAGCUUCAAUGGCGAUCAUUUGGGCUUCAAUGAAACACCUGAAGACUUUGAAUUUGAAGGUGAUGAAGCUGUCGACUUGCGUAUUAAAAAGAAAUAA